UUCUCGUCCAACUCUAUCCACGCGCUAUGCAACACCCAUGAGCUAACGGAGGGAGCAUCCUGUGACGACUCCAGUUCGACCUUUUCAACCUCCUUUAUCCUGAAUCAUGACAGUGGAUGGGUAGUAGGGCCCAAAAAUCGGCUCUUAUUCUGGGUACCCCCCGCUUCUCGACAUGGAAUUUACAACUCUGCAACUACAUUGGUGAUACCCAGAGGAGGUCCUGAGCUUGAUUUGAGCUGUAUGGAACACGGACAACACUGGCAAAAGUGUCGAGAGGAGUGA